AUGCCUUUGCCGUCGGCCUGGCUCAGUUCUCUCCUGGUCGCCGCGCUGGUCUGGAGGCUGCUGUCUAGGCGCACUGUUCCGAGCAUUCUGUCGCGCGUGCGAGGUCCAGAGAAGGAGCAUUGGUUGACGGGAAACCUCCACCGGCUCUUCAGAGACGCGUACGACUACACCUUUCAUCUCAUCGACAGCUAUGGAGGCGUGCUCAAGAUUUACGGUGUCCUUGGGUCUCAGCAACUUUUUGUCUCCGACCCUCGAGCAUUGCAUCACGUUGUCGUGAAGGACCAAGAUAUAUAUCACGAAUCGGAAAUGUUUCUCAAGACAAACCAACUACUGUUCGGCGAGGGUCUGAUUUCCACAGACGGCGAACAGCACAGAAAGCAGAGGAAGAUGCUCAACCCUGUUUUCUCCCUUGCAAAUAUGCGCGAAUUGCUCCCUACGAUUCAACCCAUCGCCGACGAGCUUCUCCGUGGGAUCAUGACCGAGGUGCCACCUGACGGAGGCGCGAAGGAGGUUGAUUUGCAUCCGUGGAUGGGUCGCGGGACGAUCGAGUACGUCGGGCAGGCAGUGCUGGGGAUCAGCUUUGGCGCACUCGACCCUCAAAACUCGAACGAAUACGUAGAUGCCAUUCGUAACGUCGCCCACGUUGGGCUGAAGAUCAUCUUCCUGCGUCCGAUGGUUCCGUGGGUCGUUCGCAAACUCAGCCCUUUCUGGAGGAACAAGCUUGUCGACUGGCUGCCUUUGCCUCCGCUUCGCCAGAUCCGCGAGAUGUGCUACACGAUGGAGCGGCAUUCGAAGAAGAUCUUGGAGGAGAAACGCGAGGCGAUGGAGCAGGGGCGAGCGAGCGAGCGGCGAGACCUGAUGACGAUCAUGUUGGAAGCCAACGUGUCUACCUCCGAAGAAGAGAGGCUCACUGACGUCGAGUUGACCGGACAAAUCAACACGAUGCUUCUCGGCGGCCAAGAAACCUCCACGAGCGCGCUCAGUCGCAUCCUCUGGAUUCUCUCCCGCGACCAGCCGGCACAAGCUCGUCUCCGCUCCGAGAUCCGCGCCGCAAAGCUCGCCCACGCCGCGGCGAGCGGGCACGACGGCCCCUGGGAGAGCGUCCAUCUGCCAUACGACACACUCAUGGCGCUCCCGUACCUCGACGCGGUGCUGCGCGAGACCCUGCGCGUGCACCCGCCGACGAACAUGAUCAAUCGGACGUGCACCAGGGACGCGAUCCUCCCCGUCGAGUUCCCGCUCACGGACGCGAGCGGGGAGGAGGUGAAGGCGGUGCAUGUCCCCGCGGGGACGAACAUCGUCAUCUCGAUCCUCGGCGCGAACCACAACAAGCAGGUGUGGGGCGACGAUGCAGAUGUGUGGAGGCCAGAGCGGUGGCUGACCGCGUCGGGCGAGCGGAUUGGGCUCACGGAGGGACGGAGCGUUGAUAUGAUGCUGGGGCAAGCGGCUGAUGAAGGCGACAAGAGCGCUGUGGACGGUACGCCAGGAUACAAAGCAGGCGUGAAGUACCCAGGGGUAUAUGCUACAAUGAUGACGUUCCUUGGCGGGGGUAGGGCGUGCAUUGGCUUCAAGUUUGCCGAGAUGGAGAUCAAACAAGUCAUCACGACCUUCUUGUCACGCCUCCACUUCUCUCUGCCCUCUGCGGUGGACAAGAACGGCGUGCGAAAGGAAAUCUACUGGCGCAUCGACGGCUUGCAGAUUCCCGUCGUCCGUGAACCGCACGGCGACUUCAAGACUCCGCAGGUUCCUCUCGAUGUUCGAGUGGUCAGAGACAGCGAUUACCUGUAA